AUGGAUCGUCCCGAGCCGGGUCUGAUCAAAUGGUCUCCCAACCCAGCCAACGACACCUUCAUUCAUAUCAAUCUCCAGCAAAGAUUCAUUCAAGCAUAUGAGCCCACAGGUCAUGCUCACCGAAGUCGCUUCGACUUCAAGAGAACGACCAGGCAUGAGGAGUAUCCUUUUGGACUCACGACCUAUGACUGGUCGCCUUCUAUCCCCGGUCUCGUUGCCAUGGGCACGAGGGAGGGUGUAGUAAACUUGUUGAGAAUAGACGACAACUCAAAUGCAGUGACAGACCUGAACCUCAGGGUCUCUCGAUUAUGCCAUGCCGUUGCAUUCAAUACGGGAAAUUUACUGGCCGUCGGGCUAGAGCGUGUGCGGAACGACCAAUGUCUGCAUAUAUGGGAUGUAAAUCGAGCAUCGUCUACUGAUUCCGACACACCGGGUUUUCCUCUUGAUAACUCGGCAAUCCUGGAGCCUGUCCAACGUCUCGAGCCUAGCGUUGCCGUCUCAAGUGUCAAGUUCUUUGAAGAUAAUCCACAGACACUGGUGGUGGGAAUCAAGAAUAACGGCAUUCGUAUAUACGAUCUACGAGAUCCGCAUGGCUCUGUGAUCAACUACCAGACAAGGAUGAACAACAAUAUUGCCAUUGACUACGCAGACCAAAACUACUUUGCAUCUUCGGCCCUAGACCACCCCGGUGUCGUAAUAUGGGAUCGCCGAGCCACGUCACGCCCGUCUUCGUCACAGGUCUAUCUUGACGCCAUUGACAAGGACAACCUACCUUGGGGGGCGUCUUUAAAGGUAGACAAUGCGGUGGAUAUGGAUCUCGAGCAUGUAGAGGAGAGAAACUCGUUGAUUCGAUCCGUCAGAUUCUGUCGAGAUCGUCGAGGAUUAAUGGCCGUCCUGUCUCGUACAGGGCAGCUGAGAGUCAUUGACAUUCAAAAGGAAUACACCAACCAAGAAGUUGAUUCUGAAAGUAGUCCCGAACUGCUGGAGGCUCGUAAAUCACAUGAGCUUGAUAUCGACUAUGCGAACCGAGACAGAAGAAACGAGCGAAUUGUCUCAUUCGACUGGGUCAAUCUUGAUUCUCCAGCGCUCACUCCUCGCGCCUUGGUCCUCCGAUCCAGUGGAUCUUUUGACAUUCUUGAAGUGCCGCACUAUACUACAGACCAUAUCUACAAGAUGGUUCCGUGGCAAGCGCCGUAUCGUGGGCUACAUGAGGGAAGUAGUUACCACAGUUUGAUGGAGUUUGAGCAGUACCAAUCAUCCAUUAUGCUUGGUCCAUUGACAGUUCAACAAGCAUUAUCGCAGGUUCCCAUAUUUGGAGAACACAAGACAGAUAUUGGCGGCUUGAUACAAAAGGCACUUCAACCGCAUUAUGCCUUUCCACAAGACUACACAGAAGACUCCAUGAUCAGCACUGCCCAGCUACCAGAAUCGUUUUCCAAGGAGUUGUCGACUGCUCAGAAAUUACAGGAACUUCGGGGCUUUUCGAGGCGGACAUCAAGAAAGGCGUCCGAGACGGCCAUGAGCCAAUCGUAUGUGAGCACUGAAGACAACAAGCAGGGUUCAGAUGACCCUUUGGUAGGACGGAACGAUCCUCCUUCGAAUCGGCAACUACAUGAAAAGCUUCUCUCUCAAAACAUCGACACUCGAGGCAUGCCAAAGGAAGCGCAAAUUCUACUGGAUCAUAUUCUUUUACUUCGCGCCAAUAACAAGUAUCUAUUCGAUUCCGGAAUCAACCGUGACGUUGUUUCGGAUGACCCAUGGCUCCGAGACUUGUGGGAUUGGAUAGGUGGCGCCGAAAAGGAUGCAGCAGAGGGCGGCAUGACCGCUCUGGGCCUUGAUCUGAGCUACAUGGGUGCCCGAUCACUAUGGGCUAAUGACCUGGGCGAGCUAUACGCCACCAGAUUGUCCGACGGAGCAUCUCUUCCUGACCGAGCAACAUGGGAGCGUUGCCUCCAAACUAUCAAUCAGCAUGUUGGUUCGCCAAAGUAUGACGGUGUUGAAACCGCAUGGCCGGCGCAUCGACAAGCUUGUAUCAGAAUAACAGGGCUCGGCAGAUCUUCCAAGAUGUCCUUGGACGACUAUCAAAAAACACCCGCAGAAGAGCGAACGCCCUCGUGGCAUACCAUGAUCACGGCCCACGCAUUGUUUGCAGGAAAUACAGAGCAAGCAGUCCAGCUUCUCAAAAAGGCUAGCAGCGAGCAUCCGGAACUCCUAUUUGUGUCGCUUGCCCUUCAGCUCAUAGGGCAGGACACUGGCAAUGCCAGAGAACAGCUCGACUUUGACAACGCAGUUGCAUCCAAGACUGAUCCGUACUUGCGAGCAAUUUCUUCGCUCAUCGCGACCAAUGACUGGGAGAAUAUUGCCAAUCAGGAAUCGCUUCCCUUGCGCGAUCGUACAUACGUGGCAUUGCGAUACUUUGACGACGACAAACUGGGCAAAUGGCUAGACAAGCUCGUGAACAAGUCCAUUCACACUGGCGAUGUCGAGGGGAUAGUCCUCACAGGCAUCACAGAUAAGCUGGUUGACAUAUUUGCCACCUACGUUGAAAAGUUCAUGGACUUUCAAACGGCGACUCUGGUUCUGUCGAUAUGUGCGCCUCGUUAUAUCGACGAUUACCGCUGCCACGUCUGGCGUAACGCGUACCGAGCAUAUUUACAGCGACACAAGGCAUUCUUUCAACGGACCAAAUUCGAGGUGGAGAGCACAAAGAGGAGCAGGCGCGACGGCAUACCCACAGUGAAGCCUCCCUCACGCCAGAUUGCUCUGCGCUGUGUUUUCUGUGAUGCCGAGUAUGAGCUCGCAAAGACGGGAGGAAACGGCCCAUCCGGGGCAGCCACCCCGCGAAACCCGCUCAUGACGGCCAAUGUGAAUGCCGGAGUGAGCUGUCCCAACUGCGGUCGCCACUUGCCACGUUGUGUCGUGUGCCUAGAGGUUGUGGGAAUCCCACGCAGUGACAAGCCGGGAGUGGACCCUGAAAAGAGGACUGCUUCCAAAUUCCCAACAUUUUGCCUCAAGUGUGAGCAUGUGACCCAUCUGGAUCAUGCAAGGCAAUGGUUUGCCAUGCACGUCGAGUGUCCAGUCCCAGAGUGUAGAUGCGAGCUUGGAGUUGGGGUCUGA